AUGGCCACAACUUGUGGGCAAGUUGUAGCUAUGGAUGGCAUAGAUGCUAUGAAUCAUUGUCCAACGCUCGAAGAUAUGUUUCUGAAACCCAAAACAGAUGGUCACCUGGAAGCAGGGAUCAAGAUACUUCCAGAUGGGAUUUUGGAUUAG